AUGUCGUUCAUUGUCGAACAUGCGAAACAGGCCGUCACCGACAAACAAACCAAUGUCGUCAUUUUCUCGGCCACGGCCAUUGCCCUCUACGGGUAUGACCAGGGAAUGAUGUCCCUCAUCAACACGAAUUAUGACUACCUAUCCACCAUGGGCCUCCAGGAUGAGUCACCAGUCGUGGGUGUGAUCGUAGCGGUUUACUACCUCGGCUGCGCUGUCGGCGCUGUGCUCUUCUCCAUGCUCGCUGAUAAGUUGGGAAGGAAGAAGAGCAUCUUUGCCAGUCUGGCAACAGCUAGUCUGGGAAAUCUGAUCAUGUUCGUGGCUGGAAUGGGCAUGUUGGGAAAGAGCACGGAGAUCGCAUUGGGCGUUAUGCUCGCUGGACGCGUGGUGAUGGGAUUGGGCGUUGGAGGAAUCGACGCAGUCAUUCCCACCUACUCCUCCGAGUUGAGCGCCGACGACUCUCGUGGCAAAGCGCUGGCCCAGGAAUUCCAGUCCAACAUCUUCGGUCUCGUAAUGGCCUUUGGUAUCAAUUUGCUUGUUACCAUCCUCCUUGGAAAGCAAAAUCAGUGGGCGUGGCGCGUUCCUAUCAUUGUCAUGCAGGUCUACCCCGUUCUGUUGAUGGCAUUUGUUGAACGCCUUCCGGAAUCACCGCGUUGGUUCAUCUUCCAUGAUCGCCAGGAGGAUGCGAAGAAGGCAUUGGACGACAUCUAUGGAGAUGAGGGCAAGGAGAAGCUUGAUGAGCUACUUGAACAGCACGAGAAGGAGAAGGAUAUCAAGGUUGGGUACAUGGAUAUGCUCACCCCCGGCCACGAGCAGUUCCAUCCUACUAUGGUCACAGUGAUGUGCCAGGUCAACCAGGCGCUUACGGGUUACGGUGCAGUUAGUGUGUACGGGCCGCAGAUCUUUGAGCUCCUAGGCUUCUCAGUCCGCAACUCUGAAUACCUCACCCUUGGCAACUACGUGUCCUACUUCUUCCUCAUGACGCUCGCUUGGCUCUUGAUCGAUGCUAUGGGCCGACGCAAGAUUAUGAUUCACAGUUCUGUCAUCCUUGCCACUUCUUUCGCACUUCUCGGUGUUUUCGGUGGCUUAGCAGCAAACUCUGAGCCCAUGAACAUUCCCAUUAUCGUCCCCGGAAUCAUUGGAACCGUAAUUUUGUUCGUCGCCACCGGCGCUUUCGGAAUCGGCUGGCUCUCAACCGUGUGGUUGUUCCCCACUGAGGUCUUCCCGACCACCGCUCGCGCCCAAGGCACCGCUAUCUCCGUCAUCAUUUGGGGCUUUGCCAACUUCGCCAUUACCUUCCUCACGCCCGUCCUGUUCAACAACCUCGACUACUGGAUUUUUGUCGUCUUCGCUGCAACCAAUGCUUUCGCUGGACUAUGGACGUACUUCUAUCUCCCGGAGACUGGUGGCAGGACAUUCGACGAGAACAUGGACUUCUUCAAAGAGGCGGGUGAGCAAGGAACAUGGAGGGUUGGCAAAGUGGGUAAGGGCGAGUGGAAGAAGAUGUACUAUCCCGAUGCUGAGGGAGGUGAUGCCGUAGAAGCGGAACGCGUACCGCUGUUGCAGCGGGUGGAAGACCAAGUUCCUAGCGUGGAACAGUCUAGACAGCCCAGCCCGCAACGGGAACAAUAG